AUGGCCCCCCACGUGCUCGGCUGGGUGCUGGUGCUGCUGCUCCCUGCACUGGCAGCCCCGGCGGCCCCCCUGGAGGUGGCGGCACCAGAGAAGCUGUGCGGCCACCACCUGGUGCGGGCGCUCGUCAGGGUCUGCGGGGGACCCCGCUGGUCCUGGAAGGAGGACGCCUGGCCUGCGGGGGGCAACGACCGUGAGCUCCUGCAGUGGCUACAGGGACAUCACCUCCUCCAGGGACUGGUGGCUGACGGGGAUCCCAAGAUGGCAGCCGUUCUCCACCGUGACCGGCGCCGUCGCCGGGAAAGUGUCCCCAACCCCGUCUGGCAGUGCUGUGUGCGGGGCUGCACCCGGGAGCAGCUCCUGGGCCUGUGUCCCCACUGACUCCCGGCAUGGGGGCUCCCCAGCCCCCAGUAUGAGACCCUGAAUCAAUAAAUGUCACUCCUGCAGAAUCCAAAA